UUUCCGGCAGAUUUCAGUAGGCCGAGCCGCAGCUACAGGCAACAUUAAAAAAAACGGGAAAGAAAAAAAAUCCUAUAUUAAGAAAAUUUGUCCCGAAGAAUCUUCAUCCAUCCUUUUAGAUUUUAACAGCAGGUGGAAAUAUUUCUAAAUAUCUGAUAUAAACUGAACGCGACUCGUUGAUUCGAAACAGCCGGUAUAGAGGAAGAGGCGCAGAGAAAAAUUUCCAUACUCGAUGACAUUUCAUCGCAAUGUCCGAUCGUUUGGGGCAAAUAACCAAGUCCAAGGAUGGGAAAAGCAAGUAUUCCUCGCUCAACCUUUUUGACAAGUACAAGGGAAAGUCAAUAGAAACUCAGAAAACCACAGUUGUUGCUCGACAUGGCUUACAGAGUCUUGGUAAAGUGGCCGCUGCCCGGCGCAUGCCCCCGCCCGCUCACCUGCCGAGCCUGAAAUCCGAGAACAGAGGAAACGAUCCAAACGUGAUUAUUGUGCCCAAGGACGGAACAGGAUGGGCGAACAAGCAGGAACAACCCGAUCAAAAGAAUUCCGUUGUGUCGACAGCACCGCCGCCGGAGUCGCAGCAGCCGCUGCCUUUGCAGAAAUCCGUCUCCAAUCUUCAGAAGCCAACAGCGGCAGCCAGCCAGGAGAGCACAAGCACCGGUGGACCAAAGCAAUGGGCACAACUAAAUGGAAAGGCAGUAGAUCAAGAUGUAACACUGGCUCUUCCUGCAGGUUUAAGGGCCUCAAACCGACUGCAGCCCUUCUCUCACGAGGAAUUUCCGACGCUGAAAGCAGCAGGAGAACAGGACAAGGUUGGCAAGGAAAAAAGCGCCUUCGAUCCGUCGUAUGGGCCAGGACCAAGCCUCCGCCCUCAGAACGUGACGAGUUGGAGGGAGGGUGGAGGGAGGUACCUGCAGCCCCCGUCUCUAUCCUCAGCCCUCUCCUCCGAUUCAGAGGGCAAAACCAGUGCCUCGCCUGAGGCUACCACUCCUAUUCCUCCUCCGUCCUCAUCUUCCACUUCCACUUCCUCUUCCUCUUCCGCUAACGCCGUCACCACCGCCAACGCGACGUCUCCCGACCCGAAGGAUCCUUCGCUCCGACCGGCUCCGCCCACACGCCGAACGACGCCGGGUCUGCAGUAUCAGCUCCAUCACUCCUCGACCACCACCUACCACGACAUGCUGCCUGCCUUUAUGUGUCCCAAGGAGAUUCGUGAUGGACCGAGUUCUUCCGAGCACGGAGCUGCUGCUGCUGCUGCUGUUGUCGCCCCUAUGCGCUUUGAUGCUCGACCUACGUUUCGACCGACUUACCCUCCUCCUGAUCCUGUCAACGGAGACGUGCGGAGAGAAAACCGGUUCGGCCGAGUCCCACCUCGUCCCUCUCCCCGGCCCGUUCGGCGUCCCGGAGGCCGGCCUUCCCGUCCCGCCAUCAUCAACCCCGACGAUCUGAAAGACCUGGACGACCUGGACAACGAUUGCGAGGAUGGAUGGGCAGGUCUUCACGAGGAGGUGGAUUACAGUGAGAAGCUCAAAUUCAGUGACGAUGAAGAGGAUCACUCCCCCAGCGAUAAGAGCAAGAUCUGGGGAGAGUGGGAGUCUCGUCGCGAGCGCCAGUCGUCCCUGAGCUCGGACGGUCAGGAAGAUGCGUACCAUCACCAGCACGAUCCUCUGCCUUCCAGAAAAACCAACAGCAGAUACGGCUCCACAGACGGUCAGCCCCAGCAGAAGACCGGCGGUGCGAGCGAGUCUGUGGAGGAACAGGACGAGUCUCAGCGUUCCGCUCCUCCUGCCCCUCCUCGGGGAAAAUUCGUCUCGCCGGAUGUCUCCGAAGCCGUAGAGAGGGCGCGGCGGAGGCGUGAGGAGGAGGAGAGGCGCGCCCGAGAGGAGAGGCUAGCCGCCUGUGCUGAGAAACUCAAGAAACUGGACGAGAAAUUCGGCAAGAUCGAGAGACCGGCGGCGCACUCCGGCGACGCGCACGGAGCAGAUAACAAGGAGCUAUCACCGUCACCCGGGAGAGAGACAGGCAAACCUCACCAGGAGGCCUGGCAGCAUGGGAAUAAAGAUGUGUCCGAGCAGAAAUCCGACGUGCUCCACAGCCAGGAGUACCGAGACGAUUUCAGCUACCGGAGCGAGGACGACGGUCCGGACCAUGCUCAACGCCACCAGAAGGCCGUUCCACCCCGUUUCCAAAAGCAGCAGCAGGAUCAGGUGUAUAAGAUGCAGCAGUGGCAGCAGUCUGGUUCUGGUCCUGCUCAGAGGAGUUAUUACCCCCCUCACGUGCUCGGGUUUGACCCCCGCUGGAUGAUGAUGCCCCCUUACAUGGACCCACGCAUGACCCAGGGACGCUCGACUGUUGAUUAUUACUCUCAGAGUGUCCACUCCUCGGGCGUGAUGAAGCCGGCCGGGCAGCAGGAUCGCCUCAACAGCCCUGGGUCUGCCUCGGAUGAGGGUUGCCAUCCCGGAACGCAUCAGGAAAGGAGAGCGCUCGCUGGUGACACUUACUCGGUUUGGAGCCAAGAUGGCUACCCACCUGCGCGCAGUUUCACCCCACCUUACCAGAGACAGCACGAGCGCGCUGAGAGGAGUCAGGCAGACGACAGGAGUGACCGGUCAUGCUCCCAGCAGGACUCCUACGAGGAGAGAGGGAUGGAACGGGUCGAAAGUCCUUCAGAAGAUCUUCCGCAUCAGGGCUAUCGCCCGAGUCGAGGGUCCGAUAUUUCUCUUGGCUCGCAGCGAGACGAAGAAGCGCCUCAGCUGCCAGGACACGGCGAGUACUUAAGACCCGAGCACCAGAAGGAGGGUUCCUCUAACCGGCACCAGAGAGACGGUCCGGAUUCUCGUGACGAAGCACGUGAGGGCAAGGAGAAGAGUUUCGACUCUGGUUUUUGGAGGAAAGACGACUCCGGGAAGAAAGACAAAGACGGCGCGCGGUGGUCCGAUCCGGGGUCUAGCAGCAGCAGUAGCGGCGGGGUUAGCCAUCCGUCCGAACCGAGCAGCAGAACCUUUAGGAGGACGGGUCCUAUCAAGAAACCGGUGCUCAAGGCCCUGAAAGUGGAGGACAAGGAGAACGAGAAGCCCAAAUCUGAACCGGAAGAGAAGCCUGUUCCAUACAGACUCGAGAAGGAAGUCCUUACCAACGUCUACGACCUGAAAAAGGACAACCAGCCGGUGAUCAACAGGCACCCGGCUCCUCCUCCUCCCGUCGCCUCUCAUGACGAGAAGCAGUCUUCUUGGCCGAAAGUCGAAAAACUGAGCGACCCAAGCGAAGAGUCCAACAAGGAGAACGGCUGGGAUGGUGGUAAUUCCCAGGUGAAAGAGAACUCCGAAAGCAGAGAGCCUCUGCCGCCUCGCCGCAACAACUGGAUCUUUAUCGACGAAGAGCAGGCGUUCGCCGGAGCCAGAGGAGUGGGGCGAGGCCGCGGAAGAGGCUUCAGAGAGUUCAACUCGCGCGGAGGAGGCCGAGGAGGGCGUGGCGACAAUAGAGGAACGUACAAUGCCGGGAAUAUCCAACGGUCAGGCCGAGGUCGAGGGUCGAGGGAUUUUGUCAAAGCCGAGGAUUUGCAACGAGGCAAACCGCGAAGACGGAACAUGAGCGAGACUCUGAGUGAGGCCUCGGAAUACGAAGAGCUGCCCAAACGCCGUCGCCAGAAAAACGGAGAGAACGGAGAAGCUGCGUAUUCCGCAUCCGGAGACACUAAAAGGGCAGAUAGGGAUUCCUGGAGGUCCAAUAAGGUCUACAAUAACGACCAGAGCGCCGGUGGAGAAGCGAGGGAAAAACCCAAAACCAGAAGUUUCGGUCGGUCCCUUCCUCCACGCCUGAACGCCGGGUACAGCCGUGGGUUUGGCUCGAAGGAUUUUUCCUCUUGGCGUGGAAGAGGGAGCCAGUUCGGAGGCGGAGCCGUGCAGGAGAACGGCUACAACUUUACAAACGAGUCCUUCUCAAGAAAAUCCGCGGAAGGCGACUUUGUGAAAUACCCUCCGAAGUUCGCCUCGUCUUUCGCGGAGAACGGAGUCGAAGACCGAGACGGCGAGUACCAUCUGGACAACGAAAACUCUGACAACCGGCCGCUGAGGAGAAGACGCCCUCCUCGCCAAGACAAACCCCCUCGGUUUCGUCGUCUACGUCAGGAACGAGAAACCGGAGGGCAGUGGAACGGCGACGAGUACGUCAACGGGGAUUUCACUAAUCCUUGGCCGGGUCGGGCCAAAACCGGAGAAGACCGUUGGCCUGGUCAGUUUCCCGGGAGUAGGCAGCAGGAAUUCGCUCCUCAGGGGGAGGACUGGGAAACCGGAUCGGAAAACAGCGACUUGAACGACUGGAGAGAGAAACGCGGCGAAGCGGCUGCAGAACUGGGCCAUGGGGAGCCGGGCUCCGAGAAACGAGAGCUCUCCAAGAGAAGUUUCUCCAGCCAGCGCCCUCUGGUGGAAAGACAGAAUCGCAAGAGUGACAUUUUGGAAAGCUCAAAGAUGCCUUUGUCCAGCGGCGGUCCGUCGAACCGAAAUGACGGCUGGCAGAACGGAGUGACGACCAGCUGCAGACGGAGUCCCGAGGACACUUCUCCGUACGGCGUGGAGCAGAGCGAGGAUGGCCUUUCCACCAGCAACGCUGAAUCUUCUGGAAAGAAGCCGGAGAAAGAUCUAAAACCGAGAAGCUUGAAGGGGGGAGACCUGUCCGAGCCGCUUUCACAGUACGACCUGAACAGCUACCCGAUCGAAAGCGACUCGGGAGUCUCUAUUCCGAGUCCCGACGGAUUCCAAGACGCUCUCGCCAAAAAACAGCGGCGUCCACAGGAGGACGAACGCAGGAGGAAGGAGCCGGGAGCGCCGGUAACGGUAAAGAACAGAGCGAUUGCUUCAAAAAUGCCUCCUCGUUUCGCAAAGAAGCAGGGCGGUAUCUCGAUGGAACAGCCCGAGGAAACGCUCUCGACAAACAACCUCGGCACUGAGAUCUGGGAGACCAACAGCACGGCUCUAACAGUUCAGUCGUCUGGUGGAGACUCGUGGACGAAGCAGGUGUCGUACACCGGGAGCGAACCGAAUUCAGAGGAUUCGGACGCGGGGCCGGAGCAGAGCAAAGAGCACAAACCCGGGCCGAUCGGAAACGAGCGCUCUCUGAAGAACCGCAAGGGUUCCGAGGGAGUGGAGCGUCUGGAGGGCCCCAUCACGCCCGUUAACGGAGUGGACAUCCACGUGGAGAACGUCCUCCCCGUCCCGCCCAUCGAGUUCGGCGUCAGCGCCAAGGACUCGGACUUCAGCCUCCCUCCGGGAUCGGCGCCGGUGGCCGUGUCCAACCCCGUCACCAAGCUGCAGGACGCUCUCGCCAGCAAUGCGGGCCUUGCUCAGGGCAUUCCUAUGCUGCGUCGAGAUCACCUGCAGCCCGGCAUCAGCCUCAAUCCCAUUUCCUUCCCCAGCACCGACCUCACACUCAAGAUGGAGUCUGCACGUAAAGCCUGGGAGAACUCGCAGUCCCUCCCCGAGCAGGGUUCUCCGGGCAGUGCCGGGUCCGUCUCGCAGCCUCCCUGCAGCUCGUCCAGCGCCGUCAGUUACAGCUCGUUCGGAGGAGUGUCCAUGCCUCCCAUGCCCGUGGCAUCUGUCGCUCCCUCCGUGUCCAUGCAAGGUAAUCACAUCCCCCCUCUGUACCUGGACGGCCAUGUGUUUCCAAGCCAGCCUCGUUUGGUGCCGCAGACCAUGACUCAACAGCAAAGCUACCAGCAGGCUGCAGCUGCUCAGCAGAUCCCCAUCUCCCUCCACACGUCUCUGCAGGCUCAGGCUCAGUUGGGCCUCCGGGGCGGUCUGCCCGUGUCUCAGUCCCAGGAGAUGUUCAACUCUAUUCCUACUUUCAGGUCGCAGGUGUACAUGCAGCCCAGCCUGUCCCACCCGAGCGCCAUGGUGCUUUCCGGUGCAGCCCCUCUGAAAGGGCCGUACUCUGCGUUCCCCGGCAUGCAGCCCUCCGAGAUGGUGAAGCCGCAGUCCGGCUCGCACUUCCAGCCUAUUAACGGCAGCCAGGCGCUGGUUUAUGACAGCACCAUCAACCAGGCGGCGGGAAUGGGCACGUCUCAGCUCAUGGACUCGCAGCUCAUUCAGGUGACGAUGCCUUUACCCGGUUCUCAGCUGCGUUACGGUUCGGCCCAGCAGCACCUGAUCCUCCCGCAGUCCAUCCAGCUCCAGCAGGGGCAGAACCUGUCUGUCAGCGCCCCACGCCGCAUCAUGCCCCCCCAGUCCCAGCCUCCCGUCCUCACCGCCAGCCGAGAGCCGUCUCAGCUGGAGAUGAAAGGAUUUCAGUUCCCUGAUAAAGCCAGCCACUCACCUGGGAUACCUGGCGGCUCGUACAGGCCAGGUUCUGCCAGCCCCAGUGGGAAGCCAUCUGGUCCCGGUGCCCCCCCGACCGUCGGCCCGCUCCCCGGCCAUUAUGCUCAACAGGUGCCCCCUCCACAGGGCAAUAUGGUGAUGCACAUGCGCACCUCUACCAGCGGGCCUUUCCCAAACCCCAUCCAGAGACCUGUAAUGCAGGUAAACAAGGCUGUAAUUAUGCGCUCUACCCCUUACUCGAGCCCGGGCCGCGAUCCUCCCCACUCCACCCCCCCUACCAACCCGGAGCCCCCUAACAAGGGUGCGGAGGAGGGCACGAAGGUGAAGGUCCUUCGUGAGGCUCGGCAGGUUGUGUCCGAUCUGAAGGCGCCCUCUUCCUCAUCCGUGAUUCCCGGGAAACUGCAGGAGGCCGCUGCAGCCGGACCGGGGAAAUCGAACCGCACCGGAGCCAUUAAACCUCAUAGCGUUAAAGUGGAGGAGAGCAAGGCCUGAUAUCACAGAGCUCACACACACACGCGCACCAUCAUACUGAGGAUCUGAGCUCGAACCAAGGACUCACUCUCUGUGUGUGUCUCUCUCUCUCUCUCUCUCUCUCUCUAUCACACACACACACACUCUGUGUCUCUCUCUCUCUCUCUCACACACACACACUCUCUCUCACGCUCUCUCUCUCUCUCACUCUCUAAUAUUAGUUUGGUUCUCAUUCGUCCUUCCAUCUUUCACUGGACCACAGACUGAACCACAGGAGCACCAGAACAGGACAUUUCUUGGUAAAGCACCGUAUAGAGAGAUAGAUAUAUAUAUAUAUAAAUAUAUCUAUAUAUAAAAAUGUAUACUAUAUUAUAUAUAUAUAAAUAUACACAGAUGUGAUCGCUUGGGACUCUUCUAAGCAGACUCUCUUCAAGAUCCUCGUUAUUUAUUUUCCAUUUCAAGAAGAACGACGAUUUAAAAAAGAAAGGAAAAAAGCCUCACCAUGAGUUCUUUUCGUCACCCCACCCCCUUCGCCAAAAUCGCCCCGCCCAUGAGGUCGGGCUGUAGUUUACGAUCAGCGUGACGCGAUGAAACAUGUCUUGUUUAAGAACUACAGUGUCUCAUUUUUACUGGAAACCAUGGAAUUUUAACCCUUUCUUUGUUUGGGUUUUUCUUUUUUUCUUUUUUUUUUUUUAAAUAAAUAUAUUUAAAAAAUCAUAAUCAAGCGCCUAUUUGCUCUGUUAUGAAAGGGCACCUUUUACUCAAAUAACACACACAAGGUCCCGAACCCGGUCAUUUGAGGAUUUUUGUUCUAGAUAUAACUCCUGAAAGAAGCUUAUUUUUUAACCCAGUGUGGGGUUUUUUUUUUUUUCUUCCCCUUAUGUGCAAAUGUAAUCUACUCCCUCCCCCAUCCCCCUCCGUUUCAAGCGCCGUGUCAGCGUUUAAAGGAAUAUACACGCGUGUGUGAGAACUUCGUGAUGUCAUUUUUGAGCUGUUUGAAACACUAAGGUUGGCUGUGUGUGUGUGUGUGUGUGUGUGUGUGUGUGUGUGUGUGUGUAUAAACGUAGGGCACUUCAGCGUUAAAUGGUGAUUUUUUUUUUUUAUUUUUGUUUGUUUGGUUUUUGUUUUUCAAUCUAAUAUUUGAUCUGUUGCUGUAUAGUUAUUAGGGAUGGGUGAUGUCAUGAAAAAAAGUAUCAUGACAUUUUUUUGAACUAGUAUCGUAAUAUUUUGUUGUAAGGAGGGUGGCUAUGAAUAAAAAAAAAAUAAUAAUUUUUUUUUUUUAAAGACUUGGUGUGAAAGAUUAGUGCUUAGCGCCCUCUGCUGCCUUCCUGGUGAAUCAGCACCGCUUUAAGAAUCAGUUUAGUCGGUUUUUAAGGUGAAAAGGGGUGGAGCUGUUUUAGUUUCAGGGCCAGAUAAAUACAUUUCAAAGCCUGAAAUUUUAAAAACGCCUGGUCUGUUGUAACACUUUUUUUUAAAUUUUUUUUUUCUUCUGCGGGGGAGAGGGAUUUUCAAGGUAUUCUGAAGUGAAGUGGUUGUUAAAGGGUUUUUUUUUUUUUUUUUUUUUUUUUUUUAAAAACACGCACACAAACUUAAGUGAAGAGAAGAUGUAUUGUGAUAACGGUAUCAUGGCCAUGUAUCACCCAGCCCUAAUAGACAUGAGAUAAAGUCUGUUUUAGCGCCUUCUGCAGAGGAUCUAAUGGAUUUCACGAGUUAUCAGUGAAUGGUUGUUUUUUUUUUUUUUCUUUCUUCGUCACGUUUUGGUGAAAAUCUUCUUCAGGGGGAAACAUACACACGGUCUUCACUUCUUCGCGAGGAUAUCAGCUGAGCAUCUCAUCCCACGACCACAUGGAAAAUUUAAAAAGGUGCUUUCGGCUGUCAAAAUGGAAAAAACUAACAAAACAAAAAAAAAAACUAAAGAACUUUGUGCUGGUGUAAAUAAAGAGACGCCUCGUGCCUGCUGUGGAACGUGUGAGGAACGCUUAAAAGACUUCUCCUAUUCCUCUAACAGGACGUUUUUGGGUUGUUUUUUUUCCUCCUCCGCCUCCUGUGUGAGAAGUGAAUUUGAUGGCCGUACGUCGGACCCGCGUCGUUAACUGUACAGGCUCACGUCUUUCCUUUGUAACCUCCAGAGUUUCUUUUCUCCUUUUACAUAUUUAAGUUCUGUUGUACGGGCCGCUCCUCCUCGGGUUCAGAGGCCUCUUUAUCCUUAAAUGUUGUUUAUCCUCUGCUUUCAGAGAUGUGACUUAUCAUUGCUCUUUUUUUUCUUUCUUCUCUUGUAUAAUGAUCUCAUUGAGAAGGGGAAAAAAAUUAAAUAAAGCAAAAUGCUUUUUGAAAGA